AUGUCCCACUCCACAUCCGAUAUCACAGCGCAACACUUCGAAGCACUUCAUCUCCGAAUACACGAAAAUGUUGCGUUAGAGGAUCUUUUCCCUCAGGCAGCGGAUUUCCUACCUCCAGCGGAAUGGGCUGUCCCUGACGGCCGUCCAAAAAAGCAGCAUUCCGCCCAAGAAACGGCAAACGGAUCGCAGACCGAAGAAACACUCAACGGUACAGGCCAUCGCCCAGAUUACAACCUCUUUUGCGAGCGCGUAAAGGAACUUCAGUUUGAUAACGAUGACGCUUUCCGUUCUAUCCACCGUCUGCCACCAAGAGACGAGUCCAAACGCCAAAUCCGGCCGGCAUUUUUCCGAAAGUUUUAUAAUUCUUUGGACCUAAUGUCUCAGUAUUGGGACACGAGCCUUGAUCAGUAUAUCCGCGAUCCUGAAACUGCAAAGGAUGAGGACUUUAUGGAAGUGGAUGAGCCUCGUAAACGAGCUAAGCUCAUGGAGGGCAUUGAACGACGAGAAGGCUACACAUACAAAGGUCGUCGUCUCGGCACGGGUCGAGAUAUGCCCGAACAUUUUCGCGAAGACGCUGUCAAGACUUUCGUUGAAGUCGUCGCAUGGGCAAUGGGAUGUCAGGUUCUCAUGCCCCGCCUCUUACCUCGUCUUAUACUUCAAAAUGCCCUAAUUCCAGUCCGUUCCACCGCCGAAGUUUUCCGCACUCCUAACGAUAGGCACCGUGCUCGUCAAGGAUGCGUCGAGGGUCCUGUGAUGGCAAUCCAGUGCCGCCCGGACACAGGCUUUCGAAUUGGCGACGGAGAAGGAAUUGAUUAUGAUGGGGAAAACCUCGACCUGAUAAAGGAAGUCUCAACCAUGCUUUUUAUUGCGCAAGAACGUGCUCGUCAGGAUCAGCCAGAGUUCCGACCGGGAGAAGGCAAAUGGUGGACAACCACGCCUCGCUGGGGAGGGCCGCCUGGUGGCGUAGUCACAAAGGAAGAUGCUGAAACAAAUGUUGGUGCACGUCCACCUCAAGCACCCCAGAUCUCGUCCAAGCCGGGUGACGCAACACGUAAACCUAGAAUUCCCAGGACCAAACGCGAGAAACCCAAGGAUGCUAAAAUCGAAUCAUGGAAGCUUCUCCGCCCAGGGAUGCCAUUGUGGGAUCCUAAGGUUACCUACCUACAUAUUGGUAGAGACAAGAAUGACGAGUUUGAUAAUAUCUACAUGAUAUCCUCCUUGAAUCACCAUAUAUCCAUUCUUCGAAUGCGAGUGCACCCGCUUUAUCUCCAUUAUAUUCGUACGGGUAUUCCUCAUCCUACCUCAGCGGACUAUCCCUUUCCAGCUGGCUCGGCAUUAUCAGCCGCCCCUUCUCCGGGUUCCCCUUCCUCUGCGUCCACUCCAUGGUAUGUUCUCGAUUUGCAGCGCUCCAAGUGGUAUGAUCUGUUCUCCCGAGAGGACCGGAUCGAGGCGAUGCGUGGGAUUUGGGGUGUUAUGGCUUACAUGAUGCGCUCGAGCGAAUGACGUUGAUCACUGCUGAAAGGACUCACCUCUGCGGAGGAAUUUGAAUGGGGGGGCAAAGAGUUGGCGAUUCUCCUUUUUUCUUUCACAUAGUCUCUCAUGUAAAAACUAAG